GCGGAACCGACUGAUCAGGGCCGUGAUUGCCGUUAACCCAUUCCAGUAUCCGGCUGGAGAGCAGCGGUUGCUGGCGUUUUCCACCGCUGCGACCCUGCUGCUGCCUGACCAGGCUUUGCUAGGGAUGAAAAAGCUCGAUGGACCAGCGCUAGAGCGGUCCAUAGAGAACCGUCUACAUAACUUCAAAAGAUUACAGCGCAGUAAUCAACUCCCCUCGUUGUGGAGACCUGCCGAGUUCGUUUCACUGAUGGAUGAGCUGACUGCAUUAAAAGACAGUAAACGCUCGGACAGCAUGUCCGAGAAAAUACGGCGAGUAAAAGCGGUUGCCAAGAUCAAUCCCUUUCAGUUCUCCUCGCGAAGUGAACGCAGCGCCGCGUGGACAGCAGCAUGGCGCGCAUACUUGGAUGAUGCGGAGGACGAUGAUUCUCCGGAAGAACUGACGAAACGAGUCACGUUUACAUGCAAAGACCUUCAGAGGUGUGUUCUGAAUUAUUUGAAGACUUUUCCCCAAGCGCUGCAACGUUAUGACGAAAGUACCGGCGAUCUAUCCGAACGGAAGUACGUCGAGGUAAUGCGAGCGCUAGCACAGCAGGUGGGAAUUAUUUAUGCCGAUGACACGCAUCCCAUGGCCAUUCACAGCAGUGUCGACGCUAUUGGGGCGGAUCAGUUGAACGUUGCAGCUGACACAUGUUCAUCAAAGGAACUCAAACGGCGUCAGCUUUGGAAUUGUCGAUUCUUAAGUUACGUUUACCGAUUCGUUUGUUGGGAGUGCUCGUUGCAUUUUAAGGAUGAAAACUUACUGAAACUCCAUAACAUGCAACACCGUGAUAAAUCCAGCGAAAUCAGUGUCUCACUAAAUUGCCCAUCCUGUCAGCGAUCGUUCAAACAGCUGGCAAACUUGCUCCGGCAUGUCAAGGACCACGGUGUGAAAGCCGCGAAGAUCAUCCAUUAUAUCCCGACUGCUGAUCCCAGCAUCCUGUGCUUCGCGUCCAAAACGGCCGCUCCGAUGGAUAUACUAGGGCAGAACCAUGAAGCACAUGAGACUUGCUUCAUGUAUCGCUGCGGAAUGGGUGGUUGCGGACUGCGAUUCUGCACUGAGACAUUAUGCGACCUGCAUCAACUCAGCCACGACGUGCCGGAUGAUUAUCAGGGCGAGGUGGUUUGCGUUGCAUGCAACUUUCAAGGGAAGGAUGCGAGGGAUUUGCUGAAACAUGUCGGCCGGCAUGCAGCGAAGGCCAGCGAUCACAAGUUAUGUCGUUUGUGUGGAAAAUUUGUCGAGGAUAUGAUCGGGCACGUCCAGACUAAUCACAAGGAAGAAUAUCUCAAGUACGAAGCGCGUCUUACUCUGCCCUGUGAUCAGUGCGAGAAGCGGUUUUGGAACCCUGCUCAUCUCGCCACCCAUAAAACUUGUGCACACGAAAGUGUAAGUUGUCUGGUUUGUGCCAAACCGUUUACAUCGAGCUUUCAGCUGCAUGCCCAUGUAGAAAAAGAGCACACAUCGGGUUUGAUAUGUGUGGUGUGCCAGAAAAGCUAUCCAACAUAUGCCGGCUUGUAUAAGCAUGCAAGAAAGCACAAGGAGGUCCAUAUUUGUCGCACUUGUGGCGCGGUGUUCCGUUCUAAGGACAACCUAGUGCAGCAUGAGCCCAUUCACCACUCGGACUAUUCUUUCAAAUGUCAUUUGUGCGACAAGACCUUCAAGAGAUCCUGCAACCUGUCGCAGCAUAAAAUGAUCGUCCACACGGAUAAAAUGCGCAAGAAGCGUCAAGCGAAACGGGAGGAAAUGCGCCGGAAGGGAGUGGUCAGCGAUUACAAGUGUCCCCGACGGAGGAUGCGCUACGAAGAGUUCCCGUAUAAGUGCGAAGAAUGCCGGCUUGGCUGGAUGCUGCUGGGGAAUUUGCAGCAGCAUCAACGGGAGAAGCACUCCACCAAUGACGCAACCGAGAAAACUGGCAAAAACCAUCCGGUAUCUGUUUCCAGUGGAAAUGCUUAAUUAAUCACAGUCUGAUCGAUUGUUUGAUUUCCAAAUCUGAUCGAAUUUGUAGAGAUCCCUAAAUAAUUUUUACGUUUUAUUUGCUGAUGAAGUAAAAUUUUCUUCCGAAUUGGUGGUGGUAAAUUGGUGGUGUGAUUAUCAGCUUUGCAUUCGUUAUCUGAACGGAUUUUUGGUAUCAUGUUUGA